AUGACGAGAAAAUUCCUUUUCUGUUUCCCACUGCGGCUCGGCAAUAUCGUGUUUGGUUAUAUUGUUAUUAUAAUAAGUCUAGCCGUAGCAUUGUUCCAUCUCUACCUUCUCGCCUUGAACAUAAUCUCAAAAGAUGACACGCAAAAUGAGAAAUUCAACAAUUUCGAAAAACUAGAAAGCAUAUUCGGCGAAGAGAAGAAAGAUCUAGUCACGAUAGUCGUAAUGAUAUAUUACUUGACAUAUAUUAUUAUUGGACUAUUAUUAUUUGUUUUCGGUGUUAUAUUCACUUUUGGAGCGCACAAGGUAAACGAGUGUUGUGUUACAACUUUCUUCAUCUACAGUUUCUUUCACAUUUUCUUCACUGUUGGCUUAAUUGUUUGGGAGGCCAUAACCAACGGGUGGAUACAACUUGGUCUCAUAUUUGUUUCAGACGUGCUCCUGAUAAUUUGUUUGUUCAGCGUCAAAUAUCUGAUGGAAGCGAUACGGAAUGGGAACAUCUACAGUCGGCCUGGCGAAGAGCUCUACAAAUAUUGA